UCUCACUGAUCUCCCAACAUCUGACACGAGUGGGAUCUCGCUGCUUUCGCCCUCUGACAGGAUCGGUAAUAGCGAGUGAUAAAUCGCUCCAAACUUUUCUCUCUCUCUCUCUCUCUCUCUCUCUCUCUCUCUCUCUCUCUCUCUCUCUAACACUUUUUUUGAGGACUUUGCUGGCAGCGUUCGCGGAUGUGCGCAUGUGCAAAGGUGUCCAAACUGACAAUGCGGGAGAGAUAGCGCGUUUGGAUUGAGAAUCAAGAGGAGAAGUAGAAGAAUAAGAAAAAAGGAGAGACGAAAAAAAGAAGGAAAGAGUCAAGAGAGAAUCCGAAGAGACCUACGCCGUGAAGACGUCAAGGCAGCAUGAGGUCCAAAAGCAGGGCGAGGAAGCUGACCACCGGUGAUGAAGGUGACUUCCCACUUUUCCCCUCUGAUGUCCUGGAGGAAGCUGGGAGAGCGUCCGACGGAGACCCCGUCCCAUUAAUCACCUCCAACAGCAUUCACUCGUCCAGUGUAUUAUGUGAAAGAAGCUCCCCAGUGGACUCUUCUUGCUUCAAUUCUUUCCACACACCCGUGUACCUGGACGACGAGGAGGUAACGCCAUCUCUGCCCCCAGACUUCGAACUGCACGAGUCGAGUGUUUCACCUGGCAGCCUCGGUGUCUGGACCAAGAGGAGGCUGGAGGUCGGAGAGGAGUUCGGACCCUUUGAGGGAAGUCAUCGUCGACAGAGCUGGGAGAAGGUUGGAAUCGAUGGCCGUGUGUGUGAUAGCACGAGCUGGCUAAGACACGUCCAGAUAUCACCGUCUCCUCACCAGUACAACCUCACAGCUUGUCCGAUACAUGACCAGAUAUUCUAUCGUGUGGUGCGCAAAGUUUCUCCAGGUGAAGAACUCGUACUGUUCAUGAAGGCUGAAGAGUUUUCAUGUGAAGCCAUGGCUCCAGAUAUACACGAGGAGCGUCAGUUCCGCUGUGAAGACUGUGAGCAGCUUUUCCCAUCAGGCUCUAAGCUGCUGGAGCAUCAGAACCACUCGUGUCCCAAACGGCCCUCGUCCGGCUUCACGCUGCCCGAGCAGGUCAUCCCGAGUGCCACUGACGAGUGUAAAGAAUGUGAGAGAGUGUUUCCUGAUGUUCAGAGUCUGGAGGCACACUCGCUCUCGCACUCAGAAGAGCGUGAGUACAAAUGUGACCAGUGCCCGAAGGCCUUCAACUGGAAGUCCAACCUGAUUCGCCACCAGAUGUCACAUGACAGCGGCAAGCACUACGAAUGUGAAAACUGCUCCAAGCAGGUGUUUACAGACCCAAGUAACUUGCAGAGACACAUCCGCUCGCAGCACGUUGGUGCCCGGGCGCACGCCUGCCCCGACUGCGGUAAAACAUUCGCCACGUCGUCUGGCCUCAAGCAGCACAAACACAUCCACUCGUCCGUCAAGCCCUUCAUGUGUAAGUCUCUCACCCCCUUCAUAUGCGAGGUGUGCCACAAGUCCUACACCCAGUUUUCAAACCUAUGCAGGCACAAGCGCAUGCAUGCAGACUGUCGGACUCAGAUCAAGUGCAAAGACUGUGGCCAGAUGUUUAGCACCACUUCUUCCCUCAACAAACACCGCCGCUUCUGCGAAGGCAAAAACCAUUUUGCUGCAGCCACAGGAGGGCUCUUUGGCCAUGGCAUGGCUCUUCCUGGCACUCCAGGAAUGGACAAGUUGACUCUUGGAAUGGGUCCAGGCUCUGCUGGUUUGGCAGAUUAUUUUGGUCCAAAUCGACACCAUGGUGGUCUAACGUUUCCAGCAGCCCCUGCAGCAUUCCCCUUCAGUUUUCCAGGACUCUUCCCAUCAGGACUGUACCACCGACCACCCCUCAUCCCCGCUACAACUCCCAUUAAAAGCCCACCAACCUUGGAAUUCCAGAAGAGUCCACCAUUAUCCUCGCCUGUUCUUGGGAUGCAGGAGUCCCAGGACCUCCUGAUGAGUCUCCGAAAGCACUCGAUCAACGGGGAAGGAACAGAAAAUGGGCCAGAGUAUCUGAUAGAAGGCUCGGCCACCAAAAUGAGAAACGGUAUCAAGACGAGUGACCAUUCAGAGAGCAGUGAUCUGGAUGAUGUUAGCACACCAAGUGGGAGUGAGUUAGAGAGUACUUCCGGGUCAGAACUGGACAGCGAUGGUGAGAGCGACCGAGAUCGAGAAAGAGAUCGGGAAAAUGGGAAAGGACCAAAGAGGAGAUCCAGUAGUCCUAUCAUGGGGCAAAGCCCUGCCCUGGGCAGCUCUGGCAAUGGCAGUGCUGGCAACAUAAAUGGAACCGAUUUGCCUCCGCAAGCGGUUUUUUCUCCCACUUCAGAUGAGCGCACUGCUGUUUCUGGAGCUGUCAAUGAUUCCAUCAAAGCUAUUGCAUCCAUUGCAGAGAAAUACUUUGGCUCAACAGGACUGGCAGGACUGCACAGUAAAAAAGGGGACCCACUAGGAUACCCUGCCAUGUUUCCUCUUCCAUUCUUCCCUGCAUUCUCUUCCCCAGUCUACCCUUUCCAUGAGAGGGAGCAUCUUCGACCGCAAGGCCACAAAGUGGAGCCAGAGAGCCCGUCACAAGAGAGCAAAAAGCCACAAGGCAGUAAACCUGAAUCUCCCUUCGACCUCACUACCAAGCGCAAAGACGAGUGCCUGGCACAGACCUUUGCCACUUCAAAGCUGGAGGUCACCCAUAUACUUUCAGGCAAUCAGGACCAACCACUGGACUUGAGUUUGGGAGGGCGGAGCCGAAGCACACGCCUUAAAUCGGGGGAUUCACGGAAGAACCACAUUAUCGGAGAGGACAGAAUUGAGACAGAGCCUCCGAAAGCAGACUCCACCAUUCAGCAUGCAAGACCCACCCCUUUCUUUAUGGACCCGAUCUACAGCAGGGUUGAGAAGAGAAAAGCGACAGAUCCAUUUGAGGCGCUGAAAGAAAAGUAUAUGCGCCCUACACCAGGCUUCCUUUUCCACCCACAGCUCCGAAUGCCGGAUCAGAGGACCUGGAUGUCAGCGAUAGAAAACAUGGCAGAGAAACUGGAAGCAUUUGGGCCGCUGAAGUCCGACUCUGGUGACAUCAUGCGCUCGGUGCCCUCCAUGUUUGAUUUCCGAGCUCCGGCUACGACGCUGCCUGAAACACUGCUGCGUAAAGGCAAAGAACGCUACACGUGCAGAUACUGCGGCAAAAUAUUCCCACGCUCAGCUAACCUCACACGGCAUCUCCGAACACACACAGGGGAGCAGCCGUACAGGUGUAAGUAUUGUGAUCGUUCGUUCAGCAUCUCGUCGAAUCUGCAGCGUCACAUCAGAAACAUCCACAACAAAGAGAAACCCUUCAAAUGUCACCUGUGUGACCGCUGCUUUGGUCAACAGACCAACCUGGACAGGCAUCUGAAAAAACACGAGAAUGGUAAUCUGUCAGGCACAGCAAUGUCGUCCCCACAGUCAGAGCUGGACAGCAGCAGCGCCAUUCUGGAUGAUAAAGAGGACUCGUACUUCAACGAGAUUCGCAAUUUCAUCAGCAGCAGUGGCCAGAGUGCUGGCUCACCUCCACACUCUGACGAGGGGUUAAACAGCAGCCAUUUCGAGGACAACAAAGCCGAAAACAAUCAUAGGUCACAUGACCUGGAUGAGGAGGAAGGGGAGGAGCCUGGUGUGGAGGAAGAGGAAGCAGAGCUUUGUGAUGCCAACAAACCUGCCAACAAAUCGACGUCUCGUAACCUAGUCGACAACGUCGGCACCGACAUCAAUGACGACGAGCUGGACUACGACGGUGACACCAAAGGACUGCUGGACUGCAAAUCUUCACCACAGAGGUUUGAUGAAGAGGAGGAGGAGGAGGAAGAACACGGUGUAUUUCCAGCAUUGGAUCACAUCCGCCACUUCAGCACAGAAGAGGCGGAGCUUAGUGAUGGCGAUAUCACAGGCUUUGACUCCGCCCACCUGUCUGAGCCGGUGAAGCAGCCACUGUACAGGAAGUCCAAAUCACAGGCUUAUGCCAUGAUGUUAUCUCUGGCAGAUAAAGAUCCUCUGCCUCCUUCCUCUCACACCACCUCAGUGUGGCACACCCUCGGACGCACAGCUGAGUCCAACGCCAUCCAGUCCCUCAGUCACGUAUGAUGUCCUUCACAUCUGAUCCCUGUGACCUCUGAACCCCAACCACAGGCACUCGGACCAAACUCGGGCUCCGUCAGGCACAGCUCAUAAACUGCUGAGUAGAGCGCUCUGUUCUUUAAAAACACUAAUGUCAGGGUCCAUGGAGUUCACACACACACACACACACACACACACACACACACACACACACGUUAUCCAGUGACAUUAAUCGUUACAUAAUCUGACAUUACGCAUAUUACACAUUUUAUUCCAAUCAAUGAUUUUUUUAAUGAUGCUGAUUUACAGUAUAAGACAAAUAUCUCAAUGAUGAUGAUGAUGAUGAUGAUGAUGAUGAUGAUGAUGAAGUCAGCAAAAUUGUAUUUAUUCUCUCCAGUUUCUAUGUUUUGCACAGCAACGGCAGCUCGUGAACAGGGAAAAGGGUUCAUUAUAAGUGUAACACUAUGAUAUUACCAUAUAUAUUUUUCCAUUGUGUCACUUAAGGGGCCCUUGUGAGUCUUCCAUAUUAAAAAAAAAUAAAGACACACACACACACACACACACACACACACACACACACACAAUGAUCUUCGGUCCAUGUUGGUCAUAUUUGAGAGGUUUUUAUUUUUUAUUAAUAUAUUUGUUUUUAUUAUUGUGUUUGAAAGCCUGUUACACACACACACACACACACACACACACACACACACACACACACACACAGUUACUAAUGACAUUCCCUUUAAUCCAGAAUAAUCCACAACAACCUUUUGAAGGGCAGUUAGGACUUUGGCUGGUGUGUAAAUUCAUUGUAAUAUAUAUAUUAAAAGUCUGGACUGGUCACAUGGAGGCGCUCUUACAAAAUAAAAUAAAUAAAUAAAGAAGACAUAAAGAGAACGGUGGGUGUGUGGACUAUUCUCUGAUUCUGUCAUGUAAAGCACUGCAUCUUUAACCUAGUCUCCACUCGGUCUCUCUGCGCUGUCCAAUGACGGUCGAGACGUAUUUUCUUUCAAUAAAAGUUUAAAGUGUUUUUUUUUGGAGACAGGUUGUAAAAUGAAAUCAUUUUUGUUUGUUUUUUUUCUAAACAGAGAAAUCCUGUAAAAGUACUGAAGUUUGUAGGAACUUCUACCAUAGUGUUGUUCUUUACCAGACCGACGUUACCACUGCACAGCCUGCGUGCUAGUAGCUAGCUGUUCCGUCCUCGUGUUUCAUUUCUAGACAAUCAUGAGUUCAUUGUUUCAUGUUGUGUUUUUUAUCUCUCUUCUAUUCUUGUUGAAGUUAUUGUUGUGUAUGUUGAAAGUUGUAUUUAUUUCCAUAGUUUGUUUACUGAAUAGCACUGCUCUUGAGCUCCCCCUUGUGGUGAAGCAGGAGAACACACGUUAUGUCUGCGUGCCAGAUAGUAUUACACCAUCAUGUUUUAUCCUUCUCAUGAAACUGGUCUAUGAUAUAGUUAUUACUUAGGGGUUUGUUUGGGGUUUUUUUUGGAUGACACAUUUAUAAUUCAAGUGUAAAAAAAAUAAGGAGAGCAUAAAAAUCAAAGAUAUUUCUUCAUUAAAAAAACGCAUGACUGGUCUGGCUUAGAAUUGUAACUUUUGUUUUCUGCAGUUGUGUGCAAGCUUGUGUGAUGUUUGGGUCCUUAUUGAGUCGUCGUGCCAAACUCUAUGAUUUAAAAAAAAAAGAAAAAAAAACAGAAAAAGAAAAAGAAGAAAAAAGUUUCUUUGUCUUCACAUGUUGAAGGACCAGAUAUUUUUUUUGUUGUUGGUUUGUUUGUUGUCAUUGUUUAUAAUUCCAUUUUUAAAUGUAAUUGGCAAGUCGAGGUACUUUUGUUCUGAUGCUUUCUACAAUGUAACUGUAAUGCAUUUCAACUGAGUUAAUGGAGUAAUGUGGGUGGAGCAACUAAAGAAAUAAAGGACUCCGGUGUAGACUUGUGCACGG